AUGGCCGAGUUUGAGCCCCAAAGGGCCGGAAGUGAGAAGAUUGCGGCGAUCAAGAGCCGCAUCCGCACUCUAGGCCGCCUGCCCUUUAUCAACAAAUCCGGGGUAGGGCUGGCGCUUGACCUCCCUACCAGCCCCUCCGAGUCUCGGCUUUGCGAAAGUUGCAUCUCACUCGAUCUCAAGGUCGAGUCUUUCGUCGUGCAACAGGGAGACAAGGAGCAUGAACGUGCCAACAGAUGGAAAUAUCUCGGCCGCCUUUCCCAGAUCCAAGAGCGGACGCACUGCCCCUGCUGCAGACUGAUUCUCCAUAUCGCGGACCGUCCGCCCGACCAACGCAACCCAAGUCAUAUCACAGAUGACGAUCCAGUCGUCUACGGAAGAUGGAUCGUUGAUGGACAAGAAGAGGUGCAAGAUCCGGCAAAGCCCGGCCUGAACAGAUACCAACCUGCUACGAGACGCAUUCUCAUAUACAGCCAGCCUCAGACUUUCAAAGAUGGAUACCUGGUCCUCCUUGCCGACGACGCUCCAACUCCCGCCUACUUCGGCCGCAAACUUGCUGCUCAGGAUCUGCUAGAUGCACGCAUGCUUAAGCAGUGGAUACGAGACUGCGAGAAUCUCCAUGGCCCUGACUGUGAGGAGUCUCUUGUACAUCGCGAGAUCAUGGGCCCACGAACCGAUGUUUUUCGAGCCAUCGAUGUCAACCGCAUGUGUCUCGUCGAGCCGCCAGACAAUGCUCGUUAUGUCGCAUUGAGCUACUUGUGGGGCAAAGGAUUUCAGCAGCUAUUUACUACCACACAGAAUCUACCAAAGCUGUCGAGAGCGGGCGCUUUAGAAAAGGAAAAAUUGCCCAGAACCAUCAAAGAUGCUAUUCAAUUGACUCGAAUGCUCGGCGAGCAGUAUUUGUGGACCGAUAGCCUAGCUUUGUUGCAUGACGAGGGCUUUCAAUAUCACGACGACUGGGUUUAUGCUCGAGCCGCGCUCACAGUCAUCGCUGGAUCGGGCAAAGACGCAAAUGCCGGUCUUCCAGGAGUGCGAAAGGAGUCACGGACUAUCCGUCAAGAGAUCGAAGAAGUCAAGCCGGGCCUCAGACUAAUGGUGUCGCAUCUAGCAGAGGACUACAUAUCGACGUCUCAGUGGGACAGCCGAGCGUGGACCUUCGGAGAGCGGAUGCUCUCCAGACGAUGCUUGCUCUUCGUGAACGGACGCAUAUACUACCAAUGCCGCCGAGCAACAUUUUGUGAAGACAUCGAAACGUCGACUAAGAACGGCUGGUCACUCAACAGUAUCGACAUGCCUACACGAAUCUUUCGGGAGAGACCAUUUUGGCAAUACACCUCAGCCGUUGAGCUCUAUACCCAACGAGAGUUGACCAAUCCAAACGACAUUCUCGAUGCUUUCGAGGGCGUCGGAUCUGUCCUGGAAAAACGCCUUGGUUCGAAAAUGUUUUUCGGAUUACUCGAGGACAUGAUAGACACCUCUCUUAUUUGGGAGUCGACCAAGAAGUUGAAGCAUCGCCUGAACUUCUCCACCUUCUCUUGGGCUGGCUGGAUAGGCGAGAUCCAGUGGAAGUUUACCGAAUUUGCAGAGUCUUGGAUUGAAUGGCACACGACUCUACCAUCUGAUGAUCUGAUUCCACUCCCACCACAAAAGCGAAGGAGGAUACCCCCUCCCAUACCCCGGACUGUACAACUACAGCCGGCUGGUUGUUCGGUCAUGCUUGGUCCAACACUUCCUCGCCUGCACUUCCAGACCGUCUUAGCGAUAUUCAUGCUGACACAGCCUAAAACCAUAUCUAAGGAUAUAAUGUCGCCUCUACGUAAACGGAUGACAGGCCCUAGUGCACUGGCCACGGCGAGACCGGCCCCAACGGAUCCAGGCCUAAUCCGAGUAGGUAUUGCUGACCGUGAUGGGCAAUGGUGUGGGACUAUAGACCUGAAUGUCUCGUACAGACAAUUGGUCAAUAUGCCGUUCGAGUUCCUUAUCAUGUCAAGGGUAAGUGGCUUCGCCGACGGCGAGCUAGAUCUCUGGGAAGGCUGGCUACCUGACUCCAUCGAAGAGGAAUUGGAGCGACGCGAUUAUGGCGUUUAUAACGUCCUGCUCGUAACGCAUCUGGACGGUGUAUAUCGUCGGGAAGGCCUUGGACGAGUCUUGACUAGCUCCAUUUCCCGAGCAAUGGAUCCGGGUCCGGUGUGGAAGAAUGUUGUGCUUGGGUAA